GAUGAUCAAAUCCUCAAAAGGCGAGUGUGUCACUGCAUGCUCGUCCAGCCCCCCCGGGACGGCUUACUAUGCAUGAUAGCGGCGCGCCCAUCUCAUUGUAAGACGCAUUUGGUCCCGGGCCCGAAGGUUGAUAGAACCCUUCCUUCAUCUGAUCGUUAUAUCUUUAACCGCACUCAAAACUUAUAUGUAACUUGCAUUUGUGCCACACACCAAAUUUAAUUGCGGAUCUUGUUAUUUUCUGUUGGUAUCAAUGGCUAUCAUAGCACCAUCUCCAUCACGGGUUCGUAAAUACUGGACGGACGACGAGGACCAGAUCUUGCGCAGAGAAGCUACACUGCAAUUUAAGGAAAGGGGAAUUGUGAACGAUUGGAAUUUGAUCGCGUCGAAAGUCCGGGGUAGGACAAAUAAGGAUUGUCGAAAGAGAUGGAGCAAAGUGGGAAAGGAGGUCAACAAAGGACUUUGGGAUCAUGAAGAAGACGACCGACUCAGGAGAGGAGUAGACCAGCAUGGCACUUAUUGGACUAUGGUUGCCGAAAUAGUACAGACAAGGCAUGCAGAUCAAUGCGCUAAGAGAUGGUAUCACUUUCUCGAUCCAAACAUCAGUCAUGAAGAUUGGGAUAGUGAUGAGGAAGCCCGACUCUUAGAGGCUGUCCACGUACACGGAAGGAGUUGGAAGAGCAUAAGUGAGAAGGAGUUUCCAAACCGCUCGCCAACAGAUAUAAAGAACAGAUAUGUUAUUAUGGAACGAAAGGGCAGAUUGAAACGACGGAAAGCAUCUACGACCCAGUGUACUCCAGUACGAGAACGAAACGGUUUCGAAUUUCCCAAGUCUGAAAGACUCGACCAAGUUCUGAACACAGAAUCAUCACCUGACAAUGCGAUGGAGUACGACACGGAGAACUCUUUGAUGGGGCAAUUGCCACUCCCAGGACUUCCUCUUCAGCUCACUGCUCAGCAAUUGUCCCAAAACAACUUCAACAACGAUGCACAUUCACUUUUCAAUUUUGAUGGGCUACCACCUUUACAAUUCAAUGACAUGUCCUAUUCAUCUACGGAACCUUCGUCACCCGGGAUUUCAUUGGCCCAAAAUUCGGUAUCUUCGGGAUACAACAUGGGUAUACCAACAGUUGGAAGUCUUACCAAUGAAGGGGAACCAGAUAUUGACCAGCUUUACUGUGAAGAUAUGAACUUUGAUUUAGCGUUGGCCGAGGCAUUCUCGGCACCAGACCACCGACAUUCGAUAGCUUCUACGCCACCGACCAUGAGUUCGGUAUCCGAUGUCCCGGCUGGACAUAAUUACAAGUUGAUACUCGAGGAUGUGAAGCCGGAUACCUUGUUUUCCAUUGUGAACAUGCUUGUGGAAUCCAGGAGUAAUGUGAAGAUGGAGGUCUUCAGUAACGUUGCUUAAUACCCCUGGAAUACUUCUACCACGACUUUCAUUCUAACGAAGACUUUCGGAAAUGCAUACUGUACAUAUUAUUUUCAACCUUUUACUUUUGGAGAUUGCAUGGAUUUGGGGGCUUCUGCAGGCCCUACAGGCGCAUUUGGUAGGUUGGGUAUAUUGAUAUCAGCAAGAAUCUGUCAUGAAUAGAUGAAUGACCUUAGUCCUCCAUUGAGGAUAAGAUGGCACAUUGGCAAGGAUACAGAAAUUUGAGGCAUUUAGAAACUUUCCCGCCGAUCAGUUGUUAUAACAUUGAUUACAAUAAUCAUCAUGAGAUAAACCUUGCUAAAGGUACCCUGAAAGGGAAUAAGAGCCGAAUAUCACCCAUGCUGUGCA